ACAAACAAACUAGACACAAAAGUUGAAAACCCUGAAGUAGACGGUAGUGAAAAGAAGUUAUUGAAAAAAAGAAUUGGAGAAGACCCAAAGAUGACGUAUCCUGUUUGAUUUUUUUGUUUCUGGCUGAAGGGCUUUGUAUUUUGAAACAGGCUUUUGUGUCUCAGUACUAGUUCUUUUAAAUACUUGGGAGUGUGUUUGAGUGUGUCGACAUUAAUGUACUACUGCCUGAUAGGUUAAGGUUCCUUUUAAGUGAGAGCUUUGUUCUUCCUAAAUAGCUCAGGUCAGUUGUGCAACAUACCCCUACCGUUUAAAAAAAAAAAGAAAGAAAGAAAGAAAAAAGUGCUGAAUAAUCCCAGAUGGCUGAUGCAAACCUGCAGAAUUUGCAUCAUCAUUCAGCAGGAGUAACUUGGUAUGACAGGAGCUUAAAUACAAGCCCAUGCGGAAGCAGAACUGGUUUCCAAUGACAAGGCAGCACCAGCCUGUGCUGGGAGAGUUCAGAUGUUAGGGAAUAGCAUUUAGAUUUCAAUGAAGAGUGAAAAUACACCUUGAAUGGUUUACCUGUGUGUAGGACCAGCUUGGAAGGCAUUGGAAAGACACGGAGAGCAAUUAGCUACUCACAAAUAGAGGAAGAAACCUUGAGCGUCAGCCACAACUUUUUUUUUUUUAAAGUUUUGUUUGUUUUGAGUGUGCUGAUUGCUAGCAUGUUUAGGAAACCUGCUGUACCUACAAUCACUAAUAGAAGCUAUGUGGAGGGGCAAUCUAAUGGCAGGUUGCCUUCUAUGGACAGCAAAGAGCCAGUCCGGGAAGAAAAAGUAGUGCUGAAGAAAAAAGUAACUUUGUUGAGAGGGGUAUCCAUUAUAAUUGGUACUAUCAUUGGAGCAGGAAUCUUCAUCUCUCCUAAAGGAAUUCUGGAGAACACCGGCAGCGUGGGAAUGUCCUUGGUUGUCUGGACAGUGUGUGGUAUCCUCUCACUGUUUGGUGCACUCUGUUACGCGGAACUAGGAACAUGCAUCAAGAAAUCUGGAGGCCAUUACACAUACAUCCUGGAAGCCUUUGGACCAUUACCUGCUUUUGUUAGAGUCUGGGUGGAACUGCUUAUAAUACGGCCUGCUGCUACAGCAGUAAUAUCCCUAGCCUUUGGACGUCAUAUUUUAGAGCCAUUGUUUAUGCAAUGUGAAAUCCCAGACCUUGCAAUUAAGUUUAUUACAGCAGUUGGCAUCACCGUGGUAAUGGUCCUGAAUAGCAUGAGUGUCAGCUGGAGUGCCCGCCUUCAGAUUUUCCUUACCUUUUGCAAGCUUGUAGCAAUUUUGAUAAUUAUAGUCCCUGGAGUUAUGCAGCUAAUUAAAGGGGAAAUUCAGCACUUUAAAAAAGCAUUUGAAGGGACAAAUACCAGUGUUAUGGGACUACCUCUUGCUUUCUAUUCAGGAAUGUACGCCUAUUCAGGCUGGUUUUACCUCAAUUUUGUUACUGAAGAAGUGGAAAAUCCAGAGAAAAAUAUACCCCUCGCAAUAGGCAUUUCAAUGGUUACUGUCACAGUUGGCUAUGUAUUAACAAAUAUAGCUUAUUUCACAACAAUCAGUCCUGAGGAACUGCUGAGUUCAAAUGCAGUGGCAGUGACUUUUGCUGAACAAUUAAUGGGAAGAUUUUCUUUAGCUGUCCCAAUUUUUGUCGCUCUUUCCUGCUUUGGAUCUAUGAAUGGUGGCAUAUUUGCUGUCUCCAGGAUGUUCUACGUUGCAUCCCGUGAGGGUCACCUUCCAGAAAUUCUCUCCAUGAUUCAUGUCCGCAAGCACACUCCUCUGCCAGCUGUCAUUGUUUUGCAUCCUCUCACAAUGAUAAUGCUCUUCACUAGUGAACUUGAGGAUCUCCUGAAUUUCCUCAGUUUUGCCAGGUGGCUUUUUAUUGGACUGGCAGUUGCUGGGCUGAUUUAUCUCAGAUAUAAAUGUCCUGAUAUGCCUCGUCCUUUCAAGGUGCCGCUAUUUAUUCCAGCACUGUUUUCCUUCACCUGUCUCUUCAUGGCUGCACUAUCACUUGGCUCUGAUCCUCUCAAUACAGGGAUCGGUUUUGUGAUAACCCUGACUGGAGUUCCAGCUUACUACCUCUUUAUUGUGUGGGAUAAGAAGCCAAAAUGGUUCAGAAAGAUCGUAGACAGGAUAACUUUGACAUUGCAGAUCAUCCUGGAAGUUGUCCCAGCAGAAGAUGACCAGAAAUCAUGAUCUUUUAUCUCUUGAAGAAACAUGUGUUUGUCUAUUGCCCCAUUUAAACUUCAGGUGGGAGUGUGGGGCAUGUCUCCACCCUUCCUAAAGUUCAGUGAAUGACAGAAUCAAACUACAGUUAAAGUAGCCUGAAAAUGAAAGUUUCCAGGCCUGGACUUUUCAAAUAUUCCUAAGCCUUUGUGAAGUUAGUUUGUAUGUAAAAAGUAGUUUGUUUUUUGCUACAAUAAGAACAGAAAGCACAAGGUUCUUUUGGUUGUUGUACACAUUUAUUCCCUCUUAGAGAUGGGAAAUGAGAAGAAAGGAUGAAAAAAAUCUCAUUAAUGCUUCUCCUUUUAAAUAUGUUAUUUAAGUAAAUCCUUAGUACUUUAAAUUGGGGGUUUUACUGCAUUGUGAACAGACAUUUCGGAAAAGUGUAUUUAUGUCAGAUAUAUUAGGAUGAAUACAUUGUACACUCUGUUCAUGAUGAACCUAACCUUUAUUAAUGAAAAUGGUCAAAUAGAACUAUGUAGCAAAAGGCUUUGGUCAACAUUAUUCUUUCUCUCACUCCAUUUUGUACCCAUACCUGCCCUCUCUUCAUCUCAUGAGUAGUAGCAGUGCAACCAGAGCCAUGGUGGUUUCAACUACUUUUGUGUGGUGGCUUGGUAGGACUCAUUUGGAUUAAGGAGAAGAUAGUUCCAUUUCUAGAGCUUGUAAAAAUACAGAAAAUUAGAAUAGCUUCUGAGGCUUAAUGUUGAUUUUCUGUAAGAGAGGCACCAAAGUUUGCCUGGGAUAGUAAUUCCUUGCAGUUAUAAUUUCCCAGCAGUCCUGAAGUCAUGACUGGUUCUAUCAGAAUUGCUUUUUAUUUGUACAGGAAAUAUCUCAAGCUUAGGUAAAUGCUUUCAAACUGUUAGAUGUGCAAUUAUCAUUAUCACUCAGGCAAAACUCCCAUUAAUGUUUCCUAUGACAGUUGGUUAGUAGAAGCAAGUGAUAGGUACAGUAUGGACUGUAGUUUUAGACCAAAUGUAAUAUUUGUAGGUGAAAGGCAGACUACAGAAGGUUCAAGUUUCUGAUGUGGAUACAAAGAUAAAAUAUGGGUAGUUUAUUAAAAUAUAUUGCAAUGUUUUUUGGAAUAUCUAAGGCCUAAAAUCAGGUGUUUCUACAAAACUUUUUUCCUAGUUUCCAUCUCCAGUGAAACUGAAAUUUGAAGGAAUAAACAAAAAUGUGGGGAAGAGAAUGAACAACACAGCCUGUUUUGAUGUUGAAAAAGUUUUACCUUCAGUUUAUGGUUUGGAUUAAGCUAUGGCUGAGUUGUGACAUAGUUUUGUCCUCUCCUAUUAAUAAUACUUUGGUAAUUGACACUGAAAUAUUUCAAGUGCCAAAAGAGUGGUUCUGUAUUUUAAGAUUGUUCCAAUCUUAGGGUAAGGGUAAGUUUUUACUCUUAUUAUGUUAAAUAUGUAUUGCUUAAAUAUUUAAUACACUACCUGGAAAAUUAUUGCCUAUUCAGAAGAUCACACUACUUUAAAACCUUUGUUACAAAUGAAUAAAAAUUGAAGGAUGUCCUACCACUGUGCAAACCACUAUAAGGAAUACUGUCAACCUGACACAAAUUCAAUUUUAAAAACAGCAUAGGCCAGAUCCUAUUCUAUUUAUUAGGCACCUGUGUUGGCUUAGGCAUCUCAAUGUCAUUCUGUUCUACCCUGCUUGAAUCUAAAAAGCAGUUAGUGCCAAUCAUAGAUGGAUCCUCCUGAUUGCUGCUUUUUUGAUUUAGUCUUAAAACUAAGCUGACGGCAUUCUACAAAAGUAGGCAUGUUACGGUAUUUUUUUCAGGAACUUGACUAUCAUGAAAUAUGUGUACACUCAUUAACUUAAGGACACUUAGGUAGAAUAAGAUUUGGCCCAAUGAUUUUAAAAUUCCUUCACAACCUGCGUAUCUUUGAGUUCUCCUGCCUGUUCGUGGGUUUACAUUCGUUUGCUGUUUGUAAUUAUCUUCCUCUCAUGUUUCUAUGCAAAAGACCCACCAAAAUAUGAAGUAAUGUAACGCUGUUAAAAAGUUAAAAUUUAUAAGGGUUACAAAGUUUCUUUUAGUAAUCACUUUUCACUGGCAUCAAUUUCACAGAAGCAGUUACUUUGUCCUAAGAGAAAUCCUAUGAUUCAUUAAUUGUGCAAUUGUAUAUUUUAGGAGCAGGAAAAUAAUUUGCAAAAUAACUUAAUGUGAUUUUAAAAAUGUACUGGGGGGCUUAUGAUUUUAAUUAAUGAUUCAAUUUAAUGAAUUUAUACAAUGUUGAUGGAAGAAAUAUUUAAAUGGGAUUUUCACUGACUU